CAGCAAACUGCGCUAUGUCAUGGGUGUGGAAUGUUCGUGUCCAGCUGAUUCCAGCUGCAAAGGCGUUGUUCCGAAUGGAACCACAGGACCAGCUUUGCUCGUGGAUUGGGGCACCGGCCCUGAUUUGUCGUCCGACCCAGAAGAUGGCCUGCCGGUGACCCCGCAGCAUGGGCUGCCAGUGACACCGCGAGGCUUGAUGGUGAUCCCACCCUCCGAUGAAUCUCACGAAAUCGCAUGGCAGGAAUGGGAGGAGAAGUGGCCUCAUUCCCAACUGAUGCCGGGGUGCCCUUUGGAACCCACCGUGGUGGUUGAUGGCCCUGAAGCCGACAGUGUGGCAUUGAAAGCUGUUGACGAACCGGAUCCUCCAGCCACGCCUGGAGCAUUGAAGUUGCCGGCGGGCGAGGAUGUCGUUGGUGUGCCAGAUGGCGAUCGCCAUGUGCCGCCUGCAGAGGAUGUGGCGGAGAAGCUUCAAAUGGCCGAGGCGGAUGCCAGGCAAGAAAUUUCAUCGUUUUCACCGUUGAUCCUCCACCACAUCUCUGCUUACAUGGUGGAGGAGCUAGAAGAUCAAGGUGCUCCUGUGGCUGUUUCCAAGAGGAAGUCCACGCCGCGGGACGGAACCGGCAGAUACGAAGCCAGCAGCCUGAUUUUGUGGUGAAA